AUGGCUAUCAAGAAGAUCCAUGCCCGCUCGGUCUACGACUCUCGAGGCAACCCUACCGUAGAGGUGGACGUUGUCACCGAGACUGGUCUUCACCGCGCUAUCGUUCCUUCUGGAGCUUCCACCGGUCAGCACGAAGCCUGCGAGCUCCGUGAUGGUGACAAGAGCAAGUGGGGCGGCAAGGGUGUUACCAAGGCCGUCGAGAACGUCAACACCAUCAUCGCCCCCGCUGUCAUCAAGGAGGGUCUUGAUGUGAAGGACCAGAGCUCAGUUGACAAGUUCCUCAACAGCCUCGACGGAACACCGAACAAGACGAAGCUUGGUGCCAACGCUAUCUUGGGUGUCAGUCUUGCUAUUGCCAAGGCUGGUGCUGCUGAGAAGAACGUGCCUCUGUAUGCUCACGUCUCGGACCUUGCCGGCACUAAGAAGCCCUACGUCCUACCCGUUCCCUUCCUGAACGUGCUGAACGGCGGUUCUCACGCCGGUGGCCGCCUAGCUUUCCAAGAAUUCAUGAUUGUCCCUUCCAAGGCCCCCAGCUUCUCCGAGGCCCUACGCCAAGGUGCUGAGGUCUACCAGAAGCUCAAGGCUCUUGCCAAGAAGACCUACGGCCAAUCUGCAGGCAACGUCGGUGACGAGGGUGGUGUUGCCCCCGAUAUCCAGACUGCCGUCGAGGCUCUCGACCUCAUUACUGAGGCCAUCGAGCAGGCCGGCUACACAGGCCAGGUGAACAUCGCUCUGGAUGUUGCUUCCAGCGAGUUCUACAAGGAGGACGUCAAGAAGUACGACCUGGACUUCAAGAACCCUGACAGUGACCCCACCAAGUGGAUCACCUACGAGGAACUUGCUGCCCUAUACAGCGACCUCGUCAAGAAGUACCCCAUUGUCAGCAUUGAGGACCCCUUCGCAGAGGACGACUGGGAGGCGUGGAGCUACUUCUACAAGACCCAAGACAUCCAGAUCGUCGGUGACGACCUGACUGUCACCAACCCUAUCCGCAUCAAGAAGGCUAUUGAGCUUAAGGCCGCUAACUCUCUACUCCUAAAGGUCAACCAGAUCGGAACUCUAACCGAGUCCAUCCAGGCUGCCAAGGACUCUUACGCUGACGGCUGGGGUGUGAUGGUUUCCCACCGAUCUGGUGAGACCGAGGAUGUCACCAUUGCCGACAUUGUCGUCGGUAUCCGAGCUGGCCAGAUCAAGACUGGUGCCCCCGCUCGAUCUGAGCGCCUCGCCAAGCUUAACCAGAUCCUCCGCAUCGAGGAAGAACUCGGAGACAACGCCGUCUACGCUGGCGAGAACUUCCGCAAGGCUGUUAACCUAUAAAUGGACAGGAACUCGGAAAAUCCCAUACACACUUAAUGCGUUACGAUAGGAACGACUGGGGGCGGGUGAGCUCGGGUAAAAACGGUCACCUAGAUUUUUAGCUACCUAGUUAGUAAAUUCAAAUGAAAUGUCUGAACAACUUGAUUUGAGCUCCUUUCCUCCUAGAGCGUAUGCAUACUCUCCGUGUCUCCUAGCUGCUACCGUCCGGCCGAAGCCGAACUCACGGCAUUAAAACGUGAACUAUUCGGAUGUCUACGCUAAUUCUCCGGCUGCGUAUUGCGGCUCACGGAUAUGGCGUUCCUCGGUAUUCUAAGGACGAAAGUAGCCCGGUUCUUCCUUACUGUAAUGUUUUGGUAUGCGGGAUUUAUGUGCGUA